AAGUACAUGAGGUUUUAGUCCCGGAAGCAGGAGGUCCUUCACAUGAAUGCGCCUGCACACAUCCCGCGCACGGAUUCAUUCAAACAGGACCUUGACCACCUGUAAGACCCGCGAGAAACCAGAAACCUGCUCCAACGCUCAGUGCGGAAGCGUGACAGAAGCAACAGGAUGUGGAACGAGAAGAAACAGACGAGUCCACCUGCCGACAGCGGCCGGGCUGUAGGCUUCAUCAUCUUUUUCCUCGGGGUGGGAACUCUGCUGCCGUGGAACUUCUUCAUGACGGCCUCUCAGUAUUUCAACCAGCGCCUCACAGCAGCAAACGUCACCGCCAACGGCACGUCGGGCGUGACAACGGAAGACUACAACUAUGACAGCUGGAUGGCGUUGCUUUCCCAGCUGCCCCUGCUGCUGUUCACGCUGCUCAACUCGUUCCUGUAUCAGUGCAGAGUGACGCCGCGUCUCCGCGUGGCCCUCAGCUUCAUCGCCAUCCUCCUGCUCUUCUCCCUCACUGCCGCGCUGGUCCGGGUCGACAUGCUGCCAGACACCUUCUUCUCCGUCACCAUGGCAACCAUCUGGUUCAUCAACAUGUUCAGUGCAGUGCUGCAGAGCUCUCUGUUCGGGGAGGUCGGCCUGUUUCCUCCGCGGUACAGCACUCUGUUCAUGAGCGGUCAGGGUCUGGCCGGGCUCUUUGCUGCACUCGCGAUGCUCGUCUCCAUCUCAAGUAACGCAGAUCAAAGCUCGGCGGCGUUGGGAUACUUCAUCACUCCCUGUGUGGCCACUCUGGGGACUCUGCUGUGUUACCUGCUGCUGCCACACCUGGAAUUUGCUCACUUUUACCUGAACAGGAGAAGCGCUGACAGCGUGGAGGCGACGCAGGAACUCCUCAGCAGCACAGAAGACAAGAAAGGCUUAAACAACAACGCUAAAGACCACGAGGCCAACGGGAAGUUCAUCAGAGAGCAAGACGACAAUCAGGAGCGCUCGUCCGUCCUGGAUGUUUUCAAAAAGAUCUGGCUGAUGGCUGCGUGUGUGACGUGUGUGUUUGCCGUCACCCUGUCAGUGUUUCCUGUGAUCACAGUCCGGGUUCAGACCGUCUACACGGACAUCCCCGCCUGGGACAAAGUGUUCACCUGCGUUUGUUGCUUCAUCGUUUUCAACACCAUGGACCUGGUCGGCCGCGGCGCCCCGUCUCUCGUCCAAUGGCCUUCGAAGGAGAGUCGUCUGUUUCCCGUCGCCGUGUUGUCUCGUCUGGUCUUCGUCCCUCUGCUGAUGAUAUGUAACGUCCAGAACUCCAGACUCACCGUCUUCAGGCACGACGGCGCCUUCGUCACCAUCAUGGCCCUCUUCUCCUUCAGCAACGGAUACCUGGCGAGCCUCUGCAUGGCCUACGCUCCACAGUGAGUCACACACACUCAGAACAACAAUGCAACAUACUUAAGAAACAAAGUAGUGCAAGAGACAUAAUGGUGCAAGUAACAUGCAGGAAUAAGAUCAAACAGAAUGCAAUAUUUAAAGUCCUGCACACUAAUAAUAUGUUAUAUGUGGAGUAAACAGAUGUGUGUGCUGUUGACAUGUAAGUAGUGACACCACUGUACUUAGAUUACAUUUUUACAUUUCCUGCUACUUUCUACUUUACUCCACUACAUCAGAGGAAAUAUCGUUUUACUCCAUCACAGGUAACUUUGAAUA